AUGAGGAAUCAACGACCCUAUGGUCCAAUUUCCGAUUCUAAGAAAAACACCCCCGCGCUCCCUCCUUUCUAUGGCGACCGAUCCGAUCACCGACUUCUCCCGAACCCGGCGCGUCGUCCUCCUCGUCGACCUCGACCCGCUCCUCCGCAGCCGUGCCUCGCCGCCGCCUCCCUACCUCUCCUCCGUCCCUCCUCCGCCCGGGCCCUCCUCUCGCUCCCCCUCUCCACUUCCUCCGCCCUCUCCUCCUUCAAGUUCUUCUUCUCCUCCCUCUCCCCGAUCCUGUCCUCCUCCAGGAUCCCCAAUUCCCCCUCCACCUCUCCUUCGACGCCCCCGCCGCCACCUCCGCUCCCUCGCCGACUCCCUCGCCUCCCUCUCCAGCGGCCUCGCGGGUCCGGCGCCGACCUCCGAUGCGCCGCCGCCGCCGCCGCGAAGGGAGGGAAUGUCGCGGCCUCGAUGCGCCAGCUCCUGCACGACUACGCCUGGGACCUCGUGGCCGACGAGGAAGGUUCGGGUACGGCUUCGCGUGGUGAUUUCGGUGUUAGGUCUAAUUUGGUCGUUAUGUUGUCGCCCGCGUGUAGAGAUAGGAAAUCGGGUUGUGAAUUCUUGGGAGUGGAGGUGGGAGGUGAGGGGAUGAGCAGUGCGGAUUGGUUGUGCGAUAAGUUUCACGGGUUUUUUAAGAACGUGAACGAUGCAUUCGUUAGUAAAGAUAUUCAUUUCAGCUGGGUUGAUGUGAACUGCGAAUCGGAAUGUGAAGUGGAAGAGGUUGGGGACGAAGAUUCAGAAUGGGAGGGUUUUUGGGCUUCAGUUUUGCUUAAGAAUGGGAGAGGAGAUUCACGCAUUGGGAUUCUUAAACCAUUCACCAUAUCUUCUGCUCUGUUGUUCCUUCCAAAGAUUGCUUCUUCCCCAAACAUGGAAGCAGUGAAUCCAUUGCCGUUUGCUGGGAAGCACGAUAGCAACGUGCUUAGGUCCAGUCCAGAUAUGCUAGACACAAUUGGGUCUAAUGACUUUCAUGCUUUUGAAGGUUUAGAAAUGAAAUUGGAGGACUUAUAUUUUUCCAGGGAAACUGGUAAGUCCAAGAAGUUAAAGUUUUUGAAAUGCUGGAUGAAACAGGCUCAAAGAGCUAUCCAACCUGGCCUUAAGUCAGAUGGAUCCGAGCCCCAAGUUCACAUGCCAAUAGAAAUGGAGAACAGACAAGCAGACACGCCAGAAGUGAAUGAACAGCCAAUCUCUGCAUGUGCCUCCUGCGGAGAGGAUUCUUUGACUGCAGUUUCUAGAGUACAAGAUGAAGUUGCAUGUGGAAAUGAUAUAGUAAGUCCAGAAGAUUUCCUCAGUAGCAUACCCAGCAAGACCCGUCAAGGAAUUGAAUCUGAAGGGGUAGACUUGGGGGCUUUGGCAGAACGGCUUGUGAAAUCCUGCACAUUAUAUAUAUACCAGAAUUUUGAAUCUGAACUGGCUGCAGUAAAUCAGUCCCCUUCAGCAAAUGCAGAUGACGCUAGUUGCAGCAGGGUUGCUGCUGAGUUGAUGAAACUUGUGCUUUUGGAUCCAAAGGACUUAAGUGAAAGGAACAAAACCAGGGAUCAAUCCUGUCCAAAGUCAGACUCGACUGCUUCAGCGCGUGUCAUUAGAGAAUACGAAUUGCAGAUAUUUUUCCGAAUGGAAAUAUUGCGCUUGCAAAUAGCAACUAUAUUUAAGGAGUCGGUGAAGCUAAAGUUUGUGAAGCAAAUAUGCCUGUUUUUGGAGUGCAUCCAAUGCCAAAUGGAGGGUGGCUUUUUUGGCGAUUGGAGCCUUCAUAAUUAUGUGGGAAAGAUCAUCAAGAGCAGAUAUUUUACUGAUCUAGAGGAGGUGGUCCAGCGCAUCUAUUCAAAAAUGGAUUUGCUGUUAUUCCAUGACGAGGAAGAUGAGUUGCCCAAUUUGCAACUCAAUAGUCAAGACAGCAGUAAAUGCACAGAUGAAGAUAAAAUGGACAAAAACAUCCAGUCUGAUAGAUCGGUUUCAGCAGAAAAUGAAUUAGAUGAACGAUGGCAAGGCGACAAUGCCAGAGCAAAUCGAGAGGAGCAUCUCCGCAGAUUAAAUGAAGCUCAGGAAAGAAGAGAGAGGGCUCGGAGAUUCGCAUCAUUCACAAGCUGGGUACCCGAUCUGCAAAGAGUCUGGGCUCCAAAGCAGCCUGGGGGAACGAAGAACCAGUCCGAUCCUAGGAGAAAGCUACUGAAGAAGAAAGAUCGAACCAGGACAACCUGUGACAUGGUUUUUGAGACUCCGAUGACUGACAACAAACGCUCCUGCCUGCGAGCCAACAGUGGCAAGAAUAAGCAAGAUCCUUCAUCAAAGCAUGGUUCUGUUUCAAGGCUCUAUUUUCUGACUGACAACUAA